AUGUUCAGGGGCUGCAGUGCCUGGUUUUCUCAAAGCGUCAGCCAUGAGCUCUGUGGCCUUUGGGUUGCUGAAGGAGGAGUGAUCACAAACCAGGAUGCUGCUGAUUAUCUGUUCAGCAGUGAUGCUUCCCACCCUGACACAAAAAGAAUACACCAGAGCUUAGAUUAUCUAGAAGACAGAGUCACUGUUUUUCAUUCUUCUUAUCUUGCGGCAUGUGUCAACUCUGAAACAAAAAACUCAACAGCAUUAGGACACUUCCUCCUUCUACCUGCCUGCUUGCAGCAAGAAAUUAGGAGGAAAAAUGGCAACUUUAUAUGGGAGCAGAUUUCCAACCCUCUGAAGUUGCAGCCAGGUCAACCUGUUGAAGUAAACUGCCACAGGGUGGAAGAAGAGAUAAAGGCCAAGAGAGGGUUGGAGAAAAGUGAAGACAAUCAAAUCCCAGGGACAGUAGAAACAGUGAAGAUGGCAUAUAUUCCACUACAAGAUUAUCCAGCAAGCAAUAUGGUGAUGGGUUAUCCUUCUGCUAAAGAGAUGAACAAAUUCAUUGGAGAAAUACAGGAUUUCAUUCCUGGCUGCUCUGAUUACUUGGCAUACUGGAUUCCAAAUGAAACAUGUAUUUUCUCUGAUCUAAAAUCAAAAUUAAAACGGAACACCAGCAGCCUCGCAUCUCCUCCGCCUUGCAUCCUGGCCCCUCCUCUCCGGCUGCUCGCCGCACCCAGAGACAUUUCAGCACCGGGGACAGCGGCAGCAUCUCCGCCUCCGCCCCGCCCCUCUCUCAUCCGCCGGAGCCACCCAGCCCUGGGUGCGUGCGGGGCGGGGGGAGGAGAAGAAGGAUCCGAGGAGCCUCGCGAGAGCUGCGGCCGCUGCAGCAGGAGGCGCCGGUGGGCGCUGCGGGUCAGGAUCCGGGGGAGACGUUCGGCGGGGCCCGAGGACCAGGACAGCGAAGCGGUGAGUCCUAAAAGCGGGGGAUGGAGAAGGGCGGAGGCCUCGCCCGUUGGACGCCCGGGCAAAGAGGCCUCCUCCUCCCAGUCUGCUGCCUUCCCCGCGCUAUGUUAG